CGAGUGGUAAUUGCUCGUCUCCUGUUCCACGGUUCCGAUCAGAUGGCGGAGAACGGCGGCGCUGCUACAUCGCCGGCGGAGGUGAAACGGCCGUCAAUCUCACUGCCGGCGAAAUCCGUCGUCGAAAGCCUCUUCCGCGGCGGUCCGGCGGAGGCGAGUCCCGGUCCGAUGACGCUCGCAUCGAGCCUCUUCGAAGCGGAGCCUGAGUACCGGUCCUUCUCGCAGCUCCUCGCCGGAGCUAUGGCAUCGCCGGCGCAGCCUCCGGAGGAGGCGGCGGCGGCGAUCGAUGCACGUGGAAAAGAAGGAGCGAGUCUGAACUUGGGUCAUAGCAGACCGAUGAAUUUUUCGGUGGUGCAGUCGCAGUUGUUUAUGGUGCCGCCUGGAUUCAGCCCAGGAGGUCUGCUUGAUUCUCCGGCACUGUUUUCAUCUAAUUUGGUAAACCUUGGAAAUUCGCAUCAACAUGCUUUAGCAGAAUUUUCUUCUUCUCUUCCAUCAUCUUCCUUGACACAGCCAGUCUCCACCAUUAACAUGGCAGCAUCCUCCCAACCUAUGCUUCCCAUCACUCAUGGCGCCAAUAUUCUCUAUCCUGAAUCUGCUUUUUCAUCAGAUUUUGAUCAAAUAUCUCAGCCCGCCACCAUUGUUGCCGAUAAACCUGCUGAUGACGGAUACAACUGGCGCAAGUAUGGGCAGAAGCAGGUGAAAGGUUGCGAGUAUCCGAGGAGUUAUUACAAAUGUACCCAGGUGAAGUGUCCGGUUAAGAAAAAGGUUGAACGCUCCGUCGACGGCCAAGUGACGGAGAUAAUCUAUAUGGGACAACACAAUCAUGAUCGUCCGAUACCAAGCAGACGGUCGAAAGAAGGUGGAGCUGAGUUAAAUGGAAAUCCUGAUACGAAUAACUCUGAAUUGUUACGAAAGGAUGAUCAUCUCAACGAAACGAGCAAUGGUAUGAUUGGUCUAUUAUCUACCAAAGAGCAGCAAUCGGGGCAUGGACUUUCGGAGCACUUGGAAGGUUCAAGCGACGAUGAGGAGUUAUGUGAUGGUGAAGCAGAAGAUGGUGAACCUGAACAUAAAAGAAGAAACUUGGAAACUAGGAUGAUAGAGUCAUCUUCUCAUAGGACGGUAACAGAACCAAGGAUCAUUCUUCAGACAACAAGUGAAGUUGAUCUUUUGGAUGAUGGCUACAGAUGGCGCAAAUAUGGGCAAAAAAAAGUAAAAGGAAAUCCUAAUCCAAGGAGUUAUUACAAGUGCACGAGCGUGGGAUGCAAAGUUCGAAAACACGUCGAAAGGGCUUCGACCGACCGGAAAGCCGUCAUAACGACCUACGAGGGGAAGCACAACCAUGAUGUUCCUGCAGCCAGGAACAGCAGCCAUUACACCUCCAACACUGCUAAUAGAAGCAGCUCCUCAUCUCAUGAUAAUCACAACAGUCAUGGCAGAUCAGAUUCAAGAAACAAUGUACGUAGGCCGGUCGCCCUCCUUCGGGUGAAGGGCGAAAAUGAAAAUAUGUAGAAUACAGGGGGGGUUUAUGAUCAUUUAUUUUGCUUGUAAUUACAUUAGCAUUAGCGAGAAAAAUUACAUUUUUAUACAGUUUGUAAUUGCACAGAGAACAAUAGUGAGACAGUUUGUAAUUGAUAUUUUAUUUGAUUUAAUUGCCAGCAGGUGCAUA